GACUGCUUCGAUUUAUGUUCUUUGUUUUUGUUUUGUUUUCACAAUCAGGUCCAGAAUUGUUUGACCAGAAUAAGAAAUCUUCAGAUGAAGUGUCUCCGACUCCUCCAGUGUUAGAACUGUCUACAGAUGCUUUGAAUACUAACACCUCAUGCAAAUAUGACAACAUCACCUGCAAAGAUCUGAUCCAAUCAGGACCUCCUGUUGUCUACCAGCUGAUACCGAAGAAAGAGAAUAUUGGAACAAUACAAAGAAUGACUCUAGGUAAAAAAGAUCCAAACAAAACACACAGAACCAUCUUGCUUGUCGGUGAAACAGGAACAGGGAAAUCUACCAUGAUCAAUGCCCUGAUAAACUACGACAUGGGGGUGAAGUGGGAGGAUGAUGUCUGGUUUGAAAUCAUAGAAAAGGACAGAAAGAGAAGAAAGAGUGAAGGUCAGACAUCAGAUGUGAUUGUCUACCAGAUCUUUGGUUUUGAAGAUAAAACUCUGCCGUACUCUCUGACCAUCAUUGAUACUCCUGGAUACGGAGACAUCAGAGGGACUGAACAUGACGACACCAUCACUCAUGGAUUAUUAGACUUGCUCCGCUCAGAGGACGGAGUUCAUGAGAUUAAUGCAGUUGGUCUGGUGCUGAAAGCGAGUGAGAAUCGCCUGAGUGACCGCUUGAGGUACAUCUUUGAUUCAGUGUUUUCUCUGUUUGGAAAAGACAUGGAGAAGAACAUUGUUGUUCUCAUUACACACUCAUAUGGAAGAAUACCUGAAAAUGUUUUAUUAGCUCUUGAGGCUGCAAACAUUGAAUGUGCGAGAGAUGAAAGGAAUCAUCCCGUUCACUUCCUGUUUGAGAACUGCCAGUACAAAGACAGAACAAAGGAAGCCAAGGUUGCAUGGGAAAUAACAAUGACAGGAAUGAGUGAAUUUGCAGACUUUCUGGAAAAGUCUGAGCCUCAAAAUGUGGAGAAAACAACUGCUGUGUUAAAGGCACGGAUUGAACUAACAACCUGCGUUCAAAAACUGCAAGACAGAAUAGAGUCAGCAGAACUUAAACGAAAAGAGAUCCAGGAAGGUCUGAAGAAAGCAGAACAAGAGAUGAAGAGCAAUGAAAAGUUCACUGUGGAAGGCGAAGAUGUCUGUGCAGAAAUAUUAAAAAACAGGGGUUGGUUAUGGCUUGAAGGAGCUACCUGUUGUAAUCACUGUAAAGAAACCUGUCACUAUCCAUGCACAGAGGCCUGGUAUCCCAAAGGAUGUACUGUCAUGAGAGAUGGCUCUUGCACUGUAUGUGCCGGGAAGUGUUCAGAAUCUAAUCAUACGAUAGAAAAGUGGAGAUAUGUGACCAAGAAAAGAAAAGUUCAAAACACAGAUAAAGAUAAAAAAGAGAAGUAUGACAAGGAAAAAGCAGCUCAUGAGAGUCUUCAGAAAGAUCUUCUGAAGCAUAUGGGAGAGCUUGAGAAAGACAAAGAUCAGUGGUUAGAAGAGUCCUUCAAGCAUGUUCUCGACCUGGAGAAGACCGCUCUGAAUGUUGAUUCACUGUCCACUCAUGUCCACUUGGACUUCUUGAUUGAGAGGAUGAAGGAGAAAGGAGACACAGAGAAGGUCCAGAAACUGGAGGUGAUGAAAAGUCGAAUGGAUAAAGGAACCAGAGCAGGACUGCGAUACAAACUGACUGCGGCUGGUAAAGCAGUUAGAAAGACAAAUGAGGUGAUAGACAUGAUGUGAGUGGACAUGUGUGUAAAUAGGGCUGUACCUGCCUCAGAACUGUACAGUCCGUGACACCUAUUGAGUAGCACUGUGAGAUGUGUAGCUCAAAAACCUCAUUUUUUUAUUUGAUACUGGAGUCAGUGAAAUCCCUCAUUUCAGCCUCUGCCACUUUCCUCCGAUUGGCAAGCUCUGUGGAAGCUUCCUGGGUGGGCGUGUCCUACAGCUUUGCUCUGAUAUGUCGGCAGGUUCUGGCCAAGUCUCGCCAAGUUCUUGUAAUGUCUCGUUCAAGGCAACAGGCAAAAAAUAUUGCCGGUUUAGUAUGGACAUCCAACAUCGUAACAUUAUUUCUAUCCAGUCUUGAUCGCCCUCAUUGUCCUCACCUGUGUCUUGUUAGUCUCACCUGUGUCUUGUUAGUCUCACCUGUGUCUUGUUAGUCUCACCUGUGUCUUGUUAGUCUCACCUGUGUGUGUUUACCCCUUUGUCUAUUUAGUCUCUGUGUUGUUUCCCUCUUGUUGUCAGAUCAUUGUCAAAACCCGAUCGAUGUCAUACCGUCUCUGUGUUUCCUAGUGAUUUUCCCUGCGUUUGGACUUUUUAGUUUUUGAAGAGAGUAAGUUAUGUUUUGCCUUCUGCGUUUUCGUUAUAAUAAAUUUUAGUUUGAUCUGCAUUUGUGACCAGUUCAUAUGUUUUCAACGUUCAUGACAGUAAUGCAACCAAAAAACGAUUAGACAACUUGGAGUCUUCUUCACUGAAGGUUCAAGAUUAAGAUCAUCUGUUAGAUGCCAGUCCUCAUUCUUGCUACACAGUGGGUGAUGUUUAUGUCUUAUUUGUUUAUGUUCUCAGUUGAAGUUGACAAAUGUGAAAGAGUUAUGCAAAACUGUCAAAAUAAAUGUAAACUGUUUCUGUUUAAUAAGAUAACAUAUACCACUAAAAGCAUUGAAUGUUUCCUCUCAUAAUAAUCAUUUUACUGUUUGGUCUCUUGUUUGUAUUGAGUUCAUAAUGUCUGUAUUUGUAUAGCUUCACUGUUUCUGUAUUUCUUUAAGUCUAAUGCCUUUUUUUUUUAUUCUAAAAGCUGAGCCAGGGGCCGGGGUUGCAAUUAUUCACGGAAGAAACUUGUAUGUGUGGCAUCUACUUUGUAUGUUAUAUAUAUGAAUGCUCACUGCAUGUGUCCCUGUUAAAUAAACAGAUAAUAAAUAAACACACAAGAAAACCAAAAUGUUGUAACCCCAUGAAAAAUGUUCUCAAAACAGAGCCCAGUCUUAUCAGUGAUACAAGUCAAUAACGACCAACCAACCUCCAAACUAUCCUUUAAGGUAAACGUUUUGGAAUCACUGGA